GGUACACAGUCAAUAAACCGGGAGUACGUCAAGAGCUUGUAUGGAAACAGAAACAGUGUUGUCCCUUGAUACUUCCAGUGACGGACAUGAAGGUGAACGUGUGCCUUGUCCUCAUCUACAUGAGCGUGGGGUUCAUGGAUGGCAGGUUCCUCGUCGAAGAAGACACAAAUACAGUUGUCAUUUUCUCCGGAGAGUUAAAGAUUGAGUUAUGGAAGAACCCGUAUCACAUGGUUGUGUACGACAACACUACAGGGAAAUCUAUAGUCACCGAACGUUCUGAUAAAGGACAUCGUCUUGGUUAUGGAAGGUGGGUGGGGGAAUAUUUCCACAUCUAUGAAGGUUAUUUAUGGAGGCUAGGGGACAUCGUGGAAUGGUACGAGGCCACAAGCCUUGUUUCGGUUAGUUACGGCUCCAAUGACGUCACGGCAUACAUCGCCACCGACGACCCGAAGAACACAACGAUUGAGUUGAGACUGUACGACCUGUGUCAAAGACAGAUGUCCUUCUCCUUCACAAUACCCGACGAGUCCAUGAACAGAGUGAGGUGGACAUUAGACACCCCUGACAGCCAACACGAAGGGUUCUAUGGGUUUGGCGAGCGCUUCAACUCUCUGGAUCAAAGGUUAUACAAGGUCGGGUGCUGGACGCAGGACGGAAGUUUCAGUAUCGGCAAACUCUUUCCCAACUUCCGGUUUCCUGGAGGUGAAUCCAGUACGUAUGUACCCAUGCCGCUGUUUCUGUCCACGAAAGGGUACGGCUUCCAAAUGGACACAACAUACAGGGUAGAAUUUGAGUUUUCCCACGUUUAUAUUGCUGAAAUUCAAAUAGAAUCGAACAUUUUUGCAGCAACACUGUUUGGGGGUCAUAAUGUCAGAGACUCCUUCAACAGAAUCAUCGAGACGAAUGGGCGCUCACUUAUACCGCCAAAAUGGGCGUUCGGACCGUGGAACCAGCUAGACGAUGAGGUGGCGGGAGUCAAUAUGUCACAACGCACCGACGAUAUGCUGUUUAAGUAUGACAUUCCCUUUUCAAUGAACGUUAAUACAAUUCAUUUUCUCCCAGGAGGGGUAAACGAAAGCCAGUACGCCCAAAUCCUAGCUCGGAACGAGAAACUGCUGAACAUGGGGAUCCCUUCUACGGCAUACUUUAACCCAAUGGUUGAAACCUCCUACAGUGACACCUACAACGAGGGUGCAGCCAAAGGAUACUUCACCAAGAAUGAGACUGGAGAUCCCUACCAGUUCCUGUACAUAGCCGCCCACAUAUUCCGGGUGUCGCAGGUCGACUUCACCAACCCCGACGCCGUCACCUGGUACCAGGGUCUUCUCCAGCAAGGAAUGGACCUCCAGUUUAAGGGCUGGAUGUACGACUACGGCGAGUACACGCCGUCUAACUCUGUCAACAGUCUCAACCAGUCGGGUUUGGAGUCGCACAACGAGUACCCGCUGCUCUACCAGAAAGCCUGUUUUGACCACCUGACAGCAAACAACACACCCGGGUCCCCCUACGCCCCUGAUUAUGUAUACUAUGUCAGAUCCGGCUACACUGGAUCCCAGAAGUACACGUGGGCUCACUGGACUGGGGACCCGUCUACGGACUGGUCCCAAGGCAGCGGGAUGAUUGCACAGAUGAGGGGAAGUCUUAACAUUGGUAUUUCCGGUAUGCCCUUCUCGGGUUCUGAUAUUGGCGGGUAUGAGUGGUACACAAACCGGGCUCCGAGCCUGGAACUGUGGGUUCGGUGGACACAGCUUGGAGCCUUCAGUGGACUGAUGCACGAGCAGGGGGGCGGGAAGGGCAUAGGGGCCAAGACACACAUAUUCGACACCCCCGUGGGAACACAACUCUGGAGAAAGUUUGCUAAACUAAGAACGCAGUUGUUUCCAUACAUCUACACACAAGCUCAUACCGCUCACGAGACGGGCCUUCCGCUGAUGAGGGCACACAUUCUGGAGUUUUAUGACGAUCCAGAGGCUUUACUUCCGGAGGACCAGUACAUGUUUGGAGACAGUAUCCUAGUCGCCCCAAUACUCAAUGAAAACUGGACAGGUAGGACGGUGUACCUGCCCAAAGGAGAAACGUGGAUAGAUAUCAGCAGCAACAUGACGUAUGACGAAUCUGAUGGGAGAUUCCGCAUCGGACAGUCGGAACCACUUGAGGGAGGCAAGUUUGUAACAAUUAGUGCUCCAUUAGAUACUAUUCCUCUGCUAGUUCGGGCAGGGUCAAUCAUCCCAGCGUUCGAUCCCCGCGUCCAAGUUCUGAGGACAGCACCACACCCAAACGUUACCGGAUAUGACGAAAUAAAGACUCUGUACUUGUGGGUGUGGCCAACGUCGACUGACUCAUCGUCAGGACAUGACUGGCAGGACAACACCUUCAGCACGUCGCCGAUGUCGUCGUCGGUGGGGAAGGGUUUCGACGUAGCUCUGAACGUGACGUCGGCUAAUUAUGACACUGUUAUUUGUCAGAUUGCCAUCAAUGGAGGGCGGUCAGUGAAUUCGGUGACGGUUGUUGGUGGAGGUUCAUCACUUACGGAGGUGUCCACGUGGCAGGCUGUUGUCGAUGAUGCAGAAACCGCCGUUGGAGCUUGGACGUUUGAUACCCAAAGACAUAUUCUCUGGAUUAAAGUUAGCACCAAACCUAUUGUCAUUAACGCUUUGUAUACAGAAUAGUCUUCGAUAAGUCUUUGUUCUAUGCUAUUUUUUACAAUUUUUUCUGGGAGAGAUAUUAAGGACAGCACGGGAUCAGUGUCCUCUCGUCCGUCUACUGGUGGCAUGUUGUCGGCGCUAGCUAGGACCUGAAAAAACACGGACGAUGUGUGUACCAUUUCUGAUUUAGAUUUAUUUAUGGCAUUAAAAUACUUUAACUUGAA